CUACAUCAUGGAGAAGCAAGUUCUUGAACCCUCUGAGGAGCGAACAUUUCAGUACCAAGAUUUUCUGCCUUCCUUGCCAUUACCACCUCUUGAUGAAUCUUUAAGUAAAUACCUUGAUUCAGUGAAGCCAUUUCUUAAUCAAGAAGAAUAUCAAAGAACUGAGGAUAUAGUUAAAAAAUUUGAAAAUGGGAUUGGGAACGAGUUGCAUCAGAAAUUACUGGAAAGAGCUAAAACAAGAAGGAAUUGGCUGGAGGACUGGUGGCUGAAUGUGGCUUAUCUUGACCUUCGCAUAUCAACGCAAAUACACUGUAACAUUGCAGGCUCUGGUCCCUAUAUUGAACACUGCUGGCCACCGAAAGAGGGCACUCAGAUAGAAAGAGCAUCUAUAAAUAUAUGGCACACCCUGAAAUUCUGGGAUCUGUUGCGAAUAGAGAAGGUGCCUGUUGAGAGAUCUGCAGAUGCUGUUCUGGACAUGAGCCAAUUCCACAUGCUCUUCUGCACUUGCAAAAUUCCUGGAGUUACCAGGGACUCAAUCAGCAAUUAUUUUAAAACUGAGACUGAAGGUGAAUGCCCAUCUCACUUAGUAGUCCUGUGUCGAGGUCGAGUGUUUGCAUUUGAUGCUAUACAUGAAGGCAAUAUACUGACACCUCCAGAGAUUUUCAGGCAACUUACACAUAUACAGAAAACAUGCCAUAGUGAACCAGACGGACCAGGACUGGCAGCCUUAACAAGCAGUGAAAGGACAAAAUGGGCAGAGUUACGUGAAUAUUUAAUUAAUCUUGAUCCAAAGAACUUAACUCUUCUGGAAAAAAUUCAGAGAAGUUUGUUUGUGGUUUGUCUUGAUGAUUCUAGUCCUCAUGCAACGCCUGAAAACUACACUGAGGUUACCAGGAUGGGGCUAACAGGUGAUCCAACUGUACGCUGGGGAGAUAAAUCCUACAAUAGCAUAUUCUUUUCCAAUGGAACCUGUAGUGCAUUCUGUGAUCAUUCUCCUUUUGACGCCAUGGCUGUAAUUUCCAUGUUACAUUAUGCCGAAAAGAAGAUUAUUGAAAAUGAGGGAAAAUGGAAGGGAUCAGAUAAAGUGAGGGAUAUUCCAUGGCCGGAGGAACUUGUAUUCACAGUGGAUCAAAAAAUCAUAAAUGAAAUUGGAUGUACUAAAGAAUUCUAUUAUAAAAAGGUGUCUGACUUGAAGCUAGUAAAUUAUGCCUUCACAUCCUUUGGCAAAGCAUUGCUUAGAAAGAAGAAACUUCAUCCUGAUACAUUUGUGCAGCUUGCCAUUCAGCUUGCUUUUUACAAAUGCCAUGGACGCCCAGGCUGCUGCUACGAAACCGCCAUGACUAGGCGUUUCUAUCAUGGCCGUACAGAGACUGUAAGAUCAUGUACUAUGGAAGCAGUGGAAUGGUGCAAGUCCAUGCUGGAUCCUUCUGAAAGUACUUACCAACAACUGCAGCUGAUGCAUAAGGCAUUUGCAAAGCACAAUAAAAUGAGGAAAGACUGUGAGAAUGGAAGAGGCUUUGAUCGUCAUCUUCUGGGUCUCCUCCUCAUAGCACAGGAGCAAGGACUGCCAGUGCCAGAGCUUUACACGGAUAAUGCCUUCACAGCCAGCGGAGGAGGUGGGAAUUUCGUUCUUUCGACUAGUCUGACUGGCUACUUCAGGUUUACUGGGUGUGCAGUCCCUAUGGUACACCAUGGCUAUGGCUUCUUUUAUUCCAUCAGAGAUGACAGGAUCCUUACUACCUGUUCUUCCUGGAAAUCCUGUCUGGAGACUGAUGCAGAAGUGCUGUGUAGAACUGUGUACCAGUGUUUUCAGGACAUGAUACAGUUAACAGUUACAGCUCAGCUGUAAGGUUGAUAAUGAU